GUCGGCGGCACAGCCCUCGAUCGCUUGUACGGGCGCUCGCCGCUGGCGGAGCGCCUCUGCCGCCUGACCGCGGGCUACGAGUGCUUCAACCUCAUCGCCGUCGUGCUGCUGCCCGAGUACCGCACCGCCGCCUUCAUCGGCCACCACGCCGUCACCUGCUUCCUCGGCGCGAGCCUCUCCAGCGUGCCGCUCUGCGUGGGCGAGCUCUUCAGCGCGGCGGGGCUCGAGGCCCUCGUCGAGGCGUCCAAGCCGCCCUUCGUGCUGCUCUUCCUGCUGCUGCGCACCGCCUACUGGCCGUACGUCUCGGCCGGCUUCUGGCAGGACUCGCUCUGGGCGCUGGCCAAGCCCCGCGACCGCGCGCACUCCCUCGUCGCGUACGCGGCUCUGCUGGGCGCCAAUGUCUUCCUCACCGGGCUGCAGGUGUUCUGGACUGGGCAGAUAUGCGCCGCGGUCGGAGAGGCGUUGGGCCAGCAGUGA